AUGUCUUAUGCAUACCUUUUCAACUACAUAAUAAUUGGAGACACCGGAGUCGGAAAAUCAUGCCUUCAACUUCAAUUCACUGACAACCGCUUUCAACCCGUCCACGACGUAUCAAUUGGUGUCGAAUUCGGUGUGAGAACUAUCAACAUUAAUAACAGACCAAUCAAGUUACAAAUAUGGGACACAGCAGGUCAAGAAAUGUUCAGAUCAAUAACAAGAUCGUAUUACGGAGGAGCAGCAGCUGCAUUACUUGUUUAUGAUAUAACAAGGAGACAAACAUUUGAUCACCUAGCUAACUGGUUUGAAGAUCUGAGACAACAUGCAAAUUCAAAUAUGAUCUUUAUAUUAAUCGGAAACAAGUGCGAUCUCACUAAGAAGCGCGUUGUAAGUUCGGAAGAAGGCGACAAGUUUGCGAAGGAGAAUGGUCUGAUAUUCAUGGAGGUUUCGGCGAAAAGCGCACAAAGUGUUGAACACGCGUUCAUAAAAACAACUGCAAGAAUAUAUAAAAAAAUUGAAAAUGGAGAAUUUGAUGAGUUGAAUGAGAGUCAUGGAAUUAGAAUUGGAUAG